AUGGUUACGAGAUGUAGUUCGUAUAUUACAGUAUUAAUUACGCGAAAAAAUAUUGCUUAUGGUGAUCAUAUUCGUCAAAUACCAAUGAUAGAAAUAAUUGAAGCAGCCAAGAAAGCAAACAUCCAUGACUUUAUUCAAUUAUUACCACAAACUUGGGCGCCAAAGAUGCGUGGAAAAUGGGUUAUAACAAAUGCUAUAUGUAAAGAUAUAAUGAAUGUUUUAAAGCAAGAUAAGGCUGGUGGAAAAAGCGAUAUUGAUCCACAACACCGAAAAACCGUUGUCAUGCUUGAAACAUUAUAUCAUAUACUUCAUGAAGCUCAUGAACAAACUGGUUAUGGUGGUCGAGACAAUAUGUGA